CCGUUGUGCCGGCGACGCGCACGCGCGUCGUGUGGGGUCCUUCCCCCUUCCCCCCCAUCCCACUCCCCGCCUCCCUCAAGACUCGGUUCGCUCGCGCUUCUUCACUUUCUCGGUGUCGGUGAGAGUAAUGGCGGAAGGUGGGGUCCCGGACCUAGACAGCCAGAAGAACGAGAUCGGGAACUUGUUGAAUACCUCGCUCAAGAAAGGGGAUUCGUGGUUCCUAAUAGACAGUAGGUGGUUUAAACAAUGGAAGAAAUAUGUGGGUUUCGACAGCUGGGACAUGUACAGCGUGGGAGAACACGGAAUGUUUCCAGGCCCCAUUGAUAAUUCUGGGCUUUUUGCAGAUAUAGAAACACAGGCCCUGAAAGAACACUUGAUUGAUGAGUUGGAUUAUGUCCUGGUUCCCACUGAAGCUUGGAACAAGUUGGUCAGUUGGUAUAGUUGUGUUGUAGGUCAGGAACCCAUUGUACGAAAGGUGGUUGAGCAUGGGAUGUUUGUAAAACACUGUAAAGUAGAGGUUUACCUCUUAGAAUUAAAAUUGUGUGAAAACAACAACAUGGACAAUGUGGUGACACGCCAUUUCAGCAAAGCAGAUACCAUAGAUACAAUAGAAAAGGAGAUGCGAAAACUGUUCAAUAUUUCAGCUGAAAAGGAGACAAGGUUGUGGAAUAGAUACAUGACAAAUACUUAUGAGCAGCUUAACAAACCAGAUAGCACUGUACAAGAUGCUGGUUUGUAUCAGGGACAGGGAUGUGGGUGUCGCUGGCCAGCAUUUGCUGCCCUCCCAAAUUGUCCAGAGAGCAGUCAAGAGUUAACCAUAUUGCUGUGAGUCUGCAGUCACAUAUAGGUCAGACCAGGUAAAUGCA